UUCAUCCAUAGCUCGUUUCUUUCUGUUAGCUGCUCUUUCUCAUCAUUUCUUGAACAAAACAUGGAGUCCAGGCUCUCCUGGUUCCUCGUUUAUGCAUUGAUGGUGGGCUCAAUCUGGGUUCACUCCGCGAGGUUCGAUGAGCUGUUUCAGCCCAGCUGGGCUUCCGAUCACCUUGAAUACGAGGGGGAGACAUUGAAGCUCAAGCUUGAUAGCUCUUCCGGGGCCGGUUUUGCCUCCAAGAACAAGUAUCUGUUCGGGAAGGCGACUAUGCAGAUCAAGCUUGUUGAGGGGGAUUCUGCUGGAACUGUCACUGCAUUCUACAUGGCUUCCGAUGGUCCUGCUCACAAUGAGUUUGAUUUUGAGUUCCUGGGGAACACAACCGGUGAACCAUACCUGGUGCAGACCAAUGUUUAUGUCAAUGGUGUGGGGAAUAGGGAGCAGAGGCUCAAUCUGUGGUUUGAUCCAACCAAGGAUUUCCACUACUACUCUUUGCUUUGGAAUCACCAGCAAGUAGUAUUCAUGGUGGAUGAUACGCCUGUAAGAGUCUUUUCCAACAAGGAGAAACAAGGCAUUCCGUUUCCCAAGGACCAAGCCAUGGGAGUAUAUAGCUCCAUUUGGAACGCAGACGAUUGGGCAACCCAAGGGGGAAGGGUAAAGACCGACUGGAGCCACGCGCCGUUCAUCUCCACUUACAGAGGGUUUGAGAUUGACGGCUGCGAGUGCUCUGGCAAGCCGGAGGAGAUGGGGAGGUGCCAGACAGGCGGCCAGACGGACCAGGAGAGGUUCUGGUGGGAGAAGCCGGUGAUGGCCGAGCUUAGCGUGCACCAGACCCACCAGCUGAUGUGGGUACGGGCCAAGCAGCUCGUGUACGACUACUGCACUGACACGGCGAGGUUCCCGACCAAGCCAGCGGAGUGCGAGCGGAGAUGAUGAUCCAUACCAUACUGCUGCUGGUAGUGGCGUUGGCGGCAUGCUCCGUCGCACGUGUCAACGUGUUUUGACACGUAUGGGUGGGGGUAUUUUUUGUACAUAUAAAAAGAAAAAGGGUAGCGCUCUUUGUUUUUUUAGUUUUCCUUUUUGGUUUUACUGUCAGCUGUAAAACUUUGCCUUCAGGAAUCUUAAUCAAUCAUGUCGGUUUGUUCA